UCGUUUUGUAUUGAAGUGAAUUGUGCAUUUGUUUCCGUAAAUACACAACAAUUCCGUACGUGCGUUAUAAAGUUUUUUAUUUGUUUUUGAGUGUAUGGUGACCAAUUUUAAAAUAAAACAAUGAAUAAGCUGCCAUUAAGAUCUUCAGCGGAAUGGCAACUUGUAAAGCCCCUUGGUGAGGGGGCGUUUGGUGAAGUCCACCACUGGAAACAUCACCGAACUGGACAAGAAAUUGCCACCAAACGUUUGAAAGACAAUCCAAAAUUAAAACCAGACGAAAUAAGCAUUUUGCUUAAACGCUGGUUAGAAGAAUACAAAUGGAUGCAAGAUCUUGAAAUCCCCUACAUUGUGCGUGGAGUACCCGUUGAUCGGGAGUUUUUACAGCACUUGGUUGGAACAAAUCAAGUAGAGCAUUCAUUACCGGUCAUUGUAAUGGAAUAUUGUAAUGGUGGCGAUCUGAGAAGUCAUCUGAAUCAAAUACGAAAUGUAAAUGGUCUGACAGAGUAUGAAGUGCGAAAUAUUUUGUAUGCCCUACUUUGUGCAAUCCAAUAUUUGCAUGAAACGGUUAAAAUUGAACAUCGUGAUAUCAAGCCCGAAAAUAUUGUUUCUCAUGUCGAGGGCAAUAAAAAAAUCUAUAAGCUCACUGAUUUCGGUUACGCACGUGAAAUUCCUGAGAGUACUGUAGCACAAAGUGUGGUUGGUACCCGCAACUAUGUAGCACCUGAAGUAAUUGAUCCUGGCACUUAUACAAAAACUGUCGAUUAUUGGUCCAUUGGCAUAGUGGCCUACGAAAUAGUAUGUGGCACUCAACCAUUCAUACCACAUCAGACAUUUGUGAAUCGCAUGAGGAGUAUACAAAAUAAGACCAAAAAAUGCAUUGCUAUUGUUCAAAAUGUCGAAGAUCCAGCUAAUGAAGAUUUUCAAUUUAUUAAUCAUUUACCAAAACUAAAUCAGUCGAGUAUAAUUUUUAACAAGUAUAUGGAAGAUUGGUUACGUUUAGCAUUGGAUAAACACUACAAGACAAGAGGCUGCAAUAAUAAUAAUGAAUUGAAAUUCUUUACUGAUUUUAAUGUAAUAUUUGAAAAAAAAAUUGUUUCAGUAUUUUCGAUAAAGACAUACAAGAAAUACUAUUAUGACAUCGAAGAAUACUCUAGUGUGCAUGAGUUUUUCCAAAAAAUUUCUUAUGAUAAUGGUAUUGAUAUAAAUAAUAUAUUUGUUAUCUAUCCACCUUUACAUCCACACAAAAAUUCACAAAAUCCUGUGGAUUACUUUGUGUCAGAUUGGUAUGACACCACUAAUGCCGAUAAUCCACCCGUUAUGUUGUUUGUAGGCGAGUUUUUAAUACAAAGUCAAUGUAAUAUAGCUGAGGAAAAACAUUUCAAUCUAACGGAUACGAUUAGAGCAUGCAUGUGCAUGAAUCCACACGAUGACAACAUUCCAUUGUGGUUGUUGCAGCAGUUUGAGAAAGAUAUUCAUUUUAUAUUAACAAAUGAACAGCAUCACUUAGAAUGCUAUCUAAUGGGACUGCAUAACUACAUCAUAGAAAUCGAAUAUCAGAUGUUUUUGUUUAAAGAUUCAAUAGAUAGGUUGAACAAAAAAUCAUCAGAGUUAAUUGGCAGUGUUAAACAUGCCAAUGUAGUUUUGAAUGUGAUUUUUAAUAUUCAAAAUGGGCAGAUUGCAAAUCCAGCUAAAGAAAAAGCUAAUUUCUUUGCUAUAAAAUGCCAAGAGUUUGAGGAACAUAUUUUACCUAUGUUCAAUAACAUUUACAGUACAACUUUACAAAAUGUCCGAGGGUUGGCUAGCAGUCAAAUGUACAAAGAACAAAAAGAAAAAGACAUUUUUCAACUUUUAAAGUAUCGCAAAGGUCUUUCAAGAGAUUAUAACCCUGACGAGCGCCUACAGAAUGCUCAAUGCGCUUUUGAAACGUGCAUGCAGGCAUUUAAGGGAUUUAUUAAAAGUACUGCAUGGAAUACAGUUCGUGAAAAUAUAAAUGUACAAUUACAAGAAUUCAAUAAAUUACGCCAAAAUGUUCAACAUGUAUUGAACGAAAUUGAGCGCUUGGAAAAUGAGUUGUAUGUAUACACCGGAUCUCUCAUAAGACAACUAAAAGACGAUACUAUAUUGCCUAUGACUAUGAAUUCAUUGCACAUCGAUGGAGUACGUUAUCCUCACACAUCAGCAGUUUUUGAUAAUGAAACUCCUCAACUGCUUAACGAUUUUCAGUCUCUCAUAAAGGACAUGGAAACAAUGAAUGUGGAGGAAUAUGAAUUGCCAUAAAUUUAUUGUAUAUAUUUUUCUAUAUAUAUAAUUCAUCAAUUUAAAUUUAACAUAUACAUAUACACAUACAACGCAUAUAUGUGUAUAUGUAAAUUAGGGUGUGGCGAUUUGUAUGGAUAAAAAUUUGUCGAUAUUGUGCCAUCGAUUUUUCGAUAGAUAUUGGCAUGAGGAAAAAACAGUUCCACUACGACAUAUCAAAAAAAUCAUUUUUGAGGCGCCCAAAUUAAAUUUUUUUUUAAUGUUUCUGAAUUUUUUUUUUGAUUUGUCGAAGUGGAACUAUAUUUUACUCAUGUCAAAAGCUAUCGAUGGCACAAUAUUGAUUGAUUAAUCAACCCACACUAAUUUAUAUACAUGUUAUUCAUAAGUUUUGUUUAAGUUAUUUUAGGAUACAAAUUAAUUUAGAUUUUUUACGUUAAAUUUACUUUGUCAAAUAAGAACGUAUGAAAUCUUAUGAAUUCGAAUAGAAUUAAAAAUAGACUGAAAAAAUCCAUUUCUUUUUUACGAAACUAAUUUCGUAGCCAUUAGUUGGACAUGAGAAAUUUUCUUCCAUAUUAAGUAAACAAAUUUAAUUUGUUUUUUUUUAAUUAAAAAAAUUUACGAUUUUUUCGGUAGAUAUUAAUCAAUUUUUGUUUAUUAAAAAAAAUAUAUAUAUUUUAAAGAAAUUAGCAAAAGCCCAAUUUCGUAAAUAUUAAGUAAGGAUUUAGUCAGUGUAUAUAGAUUGGAGCUGCCCUUAAAAAUUUGCUGUGACGGAUCUUAGUGCCGGAAGUCAAUUGAAUGUUGUACAAUUAGGUAAAUAAGACCCAUCCAAUGCAAAUAUAUUAUUCAAGGGCAGGUCUAAUGUAGAUGUAUUUUGAAUAUUACAUGUAAAUAUUUAUGUAUAUAAAUUUGUUUAUUGUUUUACCUUAAAACGUUGUUAGUUUACAGAGAUUGUGAUAGAUAGAAUUACACAAUUCACAAACUUUGUUGUAUCGUUGUAUAAAUUUUAAACUGCUUUGUUGUUUUUUUAAUUUUAAAAAUGUAUCUGCCUGACAAUUACUAUACUACAAUACAACAUAGAUUGUGAAUUGGGCAAUUGGAUAUAUAAAUAUUUUUAUAAUAAACCCAGUUGGAAAUUUCAUAUUGCUGCUGUUUCUCAUACAUUUUUAUUUUCAAUGCACGAAAUUUCCAACUGGUAUAUUUUUAAUAUUAUUAUAUUUAUGUAAGUAUAUAAAAAAAUUAAAAAAUAAAGCUGUAACUACCAAGACAA